ACUGUCUGUAUUUAUAUAACUAUUCACUCCCACAACCCAAACCCCAACCCUUGUGCUUCUCAAUUAUACAUACUUCAUCUCCAUCCAGAUCCCUACUUUCAUUCUCACUCUUCAGAUCUCAUCACUUCAUUAAUGCCCCAAACUGUUUGAUUCUCUCGAUUUCUGUAUCAUCUAACACUCCAGAUCUUCACAGGUGCUGUUGCAUACAGAUCUGAGGUUAUGUUUGCUUGUGGCGUGUGAUUUAUCGGAUUUGUAGUUGAUUGAUUGCUCUUCUAAGCAAGGAGAGAUGGAAUCUGAAGGAGAGACUGGGGGGACUUCUAUGAAGAAUGUUGGGGGUCAGGUCUGUCAGAUCUGUGGGGAUACUGUUGGUACGACAGCCAAAGGAGAUCCUUUUGUGGCCUGUGAUGUCUGUGCAUUUCCAGUUUGCAGGCCCUGCUAUGAAUAUGAGCGCAAGGAUGGCAACCAGUCUUGCCCUCAAUGCAAGACCAGAUACAAGCGACUUAAAGGAAGCCCUGCUAUUCCUGGUGACAGAGAAGAAGAUAUUGAUGGUGAUGAUGAAACCACUAAUUUCCCAUUUUCUUCACAAACUCAAAAUGAGAAACAGAAGACCGCAGAGAGGAUGCUGAACUGGCACAUGACAUAUGGACGCGGGGAUGAUAAUAGCGCUCCAAAUUAUGAUAAAGAGGUUUCUCAUAACCAUAUACCUCUUCUCACCGGUGGACAUGAGGUUUCUGGGGAGUUAUCUGCUGCUUCUCCUCAACGUCUUUCGGUGUCCUCUCCUCCACCCGGUGGUGAAAGACUCACACAUUCUCUCCCUUAUUCUGCAUAUGCGAAUCAAUCCCCUAAUAUCAGAGUGGUGGAUCCCGUGAGAGAAUUCGGAUCCACAGGAUUAGGAAAUCUGGCCUGGAAAGAAAGAGUUGACGGAUGGAAAAUGAAACAAGACAAGAACGUUGCUCCAAUGACAACUAGCCGUGCUGCUUCUGAAAGGGGUCAAGAUAUUGAUGCAAGCACAGAUGUGCUCGAUGAUGCGUUACUGAAUGAUGAAGCCCGUCAGCCACUUUCAAGAAAAGUAUCGAUUCCUUCAUCCAGGAUAAAUCCAUACAGAAUGGUUAUCGUUCUUCGUUUGGUUAUUCUUUGCAUAUUUUUGCAUUACCGGAUAACAAAUCCUGUGACAAAUGCAUAUCCGUUAUGGCUACUCUCUGUUAUCUGUGAGAUCUGGUUUGCAAUAUCUUGGAUAUUGGAUCAGUUUCCUAAAUGGCUUCCAGUAAAUCGUGAGACUUAUCUAGACCGGCUAUCCCUAAGGUAUGAACGGGAAGGAGAGCCAUCACAACUAGCUGCAGUUGACAUCUUUGUGAGUACGGUGGAUCCGUUAAAGGAACCACCGCUUGUCACAGCAAACACUGUACUAUCCAUCCUGGCGGUUGACUAUCCCGUUGACAAGGUUUCUUGCUACGUGUCUGACGAUGGUGCUGCCAUGCUGUCAUUUGAGUCGCUAUCUGAAACCUCGGAGUUUGCUAGAAAAUGGGUUCCGUUUUGCAAGAAAUAUAACAUUGAGCCAAGGGCUCCUGAAUGGUACUUUGCACAGAAGAUUGAUUACUUAAAAGAUAAAAUUCAACCGACUUUUGUAAAAGAUCGCAGAGCUAUGAAGAGAGAGUAUGAAGAGUUUAAAAUUCGUAUUAAUGGGCUUGUUGCAAAGGCUCAAAAGGUCCCUGAUGAAGGUUGGAUCAUGCAAGAUGGUACACCAUGGCCCGGGAACAAUACACGUGACCAUCCUGGAAUGAUACAGGUUUUCUUGGGUCAGAAUGGUGGGCUUGACAGCGAGGGUAACGAGUUGCCAAGAUUAGUAUAUGUUUCAAGAGAAAAACGUCCAGGCUUUCAACAUCACAAAAAGGCCGGUGCCAUGAAUGCACUCGUCCGUGUAUCUGCAGUCCUUACAAAUGGCCCGUUCUUGUUGAAUCUUGAUUGUGAUCAUUACAUCAAUAACAGUAAAGCGCUUAGAGAAGCUAUGUGUUUUAUGAUGGACCCGAAUCUUGGAAAAUACGUAUGUUACGUCCAGUUUCCACAAAGAUUUGACGGUAUUGACAGAAACGAUCGAUAUGCUAACAGAAACACCGUGUUCUUUGAUAUUAACUUGAGAGGUUUAGACGGUAUUCAAGGUCCCGUUUAUGUGGGUACCGGAUGCGUGUUUAACCGAACAGCGUUAUACGGGUACGAACCGCCACUUAAACCGAAGAAAAAGAGAGAAAAGGGCUUCUUUUCAUCCUGUUUCGGUGAAUCCCGAAAGAAAAGUUCAAAAUCAAGUAAAAAAGGAUCAGAUAAAAAGAAAUCUAGCAAACCCGUUGAUCCCACUGUGCCGGUAUUCAGUCUCGAGGAUAUUGAAGAAGGCGUUGAAGGUGCUGGAUUCGAUGAUGAAAAAUCAUUGCUGAUGUCACAAAUGUCGCUCGAGAAAAGAUUCGGUCAAUCGGCUGUUUUUGUUGCGUCUACGCUUAUGGAGAACGGUGGUGUCCCACAGUCUGCAGCUCCGGAAACCCUACUUAAAGAAGCUAUUCAUGUUAUCAGUUGUGGUUAUGAGGAUAAAACCGAUUGGGGAAAUGAGAUCGGAUGGAUUUACGGUUCGGUCACAGAAGAUAUUCUUACUGGAUUUAAGAUGCACGCACGUGGAUGGCGGUCAAUAUACUGUAUGCCACCUAGGCCAGCUUUCAAGGGUUCUGCUCCUAUUAAUCUUUCAGAUCGUCUGAACCAGGUGCUUCGGUGGGCUUUAGGUUCAGUAGAAAUUCUGUUCAGCCGGCAUUGUCCAAUUUGGUACGGUUAUUCCGGCAGGCUAAAAUGGCUUGAGCGAUUCGCUUACAUAAACACAACCAUUUACCCGAUCACCUCCAUUCCUCUUCUUGUCUACUGUACUCUCCCUGCCGUUUGUUUACUCACCGGAAAAUUCAUCAUACCACAGAUCAGUAACCUUGCGAGUUUAUGGUUUAUAUCCCUCUUUCUUUCGAUUUUUGCCACGGGUAUCCUUGAAAUGAGAUGGAGUGGUGUCGGAAUCGAUGAAUGGUGGAGAAACGAACAAUUUUGGGUCAUCGGUGGUGUUUCCGCACAUUUAUUUGCCGUUUUCCAGGGUUUGCUUAAAGUGCUCGCUGGCAUCGACACCAACUUUACCGUCACAUCGAAGGCGUCCGAUGAAGACGGUGAUUUUGCAGAGCUUUACUUGUUCAAAUGGACGACUCUUCUCAUCCCGCCAACGACUCUCCUUAUAGUAAAUUUGGUCGGAGUGGUUGCUGGUAUCUCGUAUGCAAUCAACAGUGGUUACCAAUCAUGGGGUCCACUGUUCGGUAAGCUGUUUUUCGCAUUUUGGGUGAUUGUUCAUCUUUACCCGUUCUUGAAGGGUUUGAUGGGGAAGCAAAACCGCACUCCUACCAUUGUCGUCGUGUGGUCCAUCCUACUUGCAUCCAUUUUCUCCUUGUUAUGGGUCCGGAUCGACCCUUUUACCACUAAAGUGACUGGCCCGGAUGUCAAGUUUUGUGGAAUCAAUUGUUAAAUUAUAUGUAUAAUUAUUUAAGUUACCUUGUGAUAUCAAGAUUUCUAUUGUUGUUUUCUCAAGUUAUUUCAUAGUUAUAAACAUAUGUAUUUUGUUCUAUUCUUUGUUUUUUUACAGUUUUGUAUCCCAUAUGGACUAUAUCUAUAAACUCCCUUGUAAUUUUCAUCCAAUUGUUAUAUUUAUAUAAAAGAAUAGGCUUGUGAACCUA